CCUUACGUUGGAUAUUUUUUGCAGUGGAUGUGGUGGACUGGGUUAGGGAUCAGUGCUCAGCCUGCAGCCAGACACCGUGGUUUUUUGUUUUGUUUUUUUUUUCUUCUUGCAGAGCUGCCAUAACCUGCUGCCAACCUCUGCUGUUCAGAGGGGAAAACAGGCAUCGUUUAAUCCUUAUCAGACCAGAGGUGUGUGAUUCACUGGGCGAGGUUUGAUGCUGCAGGGGGAGAUCAACAGCUCUGUGAAGUUUACAGGAGGAUUCAAGGAGCAGUAGAGCUUCAGCGGAGCCAUGGCAGGUUUACAGAGGAGCACACGUCUCUGUUUUAUCAUCUGUGUUUCUACCGUUUUACUCCUCAUCCUCUUCAGCCAAGCAUUAAGACACAGGCAGCAGGAGGACAGGCACAAGAGAGACGUCCUGGACUCCACAGAAAUCCCAGCAGAGCACAUCGACCCAGCUGCCAUCGACCUCACUCCCCUGGUCAAUACUUUAAUAAAUUCAAGCCAAUCGGGCUCCCGUCAGCUCUUCUCCCUCCUCAGUGUGACGUCCUACAGCUCUCUGGCUCUUCAUAAACUCACCCUGCUCGUCUACAACAUUUCCAGCAUUAGAAGUAUAGAAAGCAACAUGUUCAGGAGAAGAUUCUGUUACUGUGUCACAAAUGAGACCAAUGAUUUAACAGAUUUUACAGCCAUUCUGUUGGAUGUGAUGGGAAACUCAACCAGUUACCUACAUGAGCUCUUUAAAUCUGCCUCCAUAUUAUCAGUGAGCCAGAGGAACAACUCAGACUGUAUCUACAUCUGCGUCAUGGCCGGUAAGAUGGGUAAAGAGGUGCCGGAGCUCUGGGAGGUCGACUCCAUCACUCCACUCUUCAACCAGACCAUCGUCGAAGGACCACACAGAGAAUGGCACCAACUGCCCAUGAACCUGAGUCACAUCUCUCCAUCUGGGAUGAGCUCAGUGUUAACCAGCCGAGUCCACUCCACUGCACAUGGAUUAUGGACAGCUGCUGAGAACAACGACCCAACGCACGACUUCCACCGCUCAUCCAACGAGACUUUCACCCGUUCGUCCAACAGUGAAACCAACGGUGGCCCGAAGGACUACAGGACCUCUGAGCAGGAGAACUACAGCACCCAAGGAUGUCCUUGGAGAAGGCCGGAGCCGUCCGUCGAGUCGACCUCCUCUUCCUCCAUGACGACGGUCAGCGCUCACAAGCUGCAGCCCUGCGUCCUUGAGCUCUGCAAGUUCUUCUCGCAGUGCCUCUGCAGACCCUUCAACCACAAGACACGGAUGAAAAGAUACUGUGACGAUAGCCACCUCUGGUAUGAAAAACACACGUCAGAGGUGUGUCGGCGGGUCAGGAGACUCUCCUUCUCCAGAAAUCUGAAACAGAGAUGCCUGACAAAGAUGUGCAAUAAACUGUGACCAGAGUGGAAGCAGAGACACAAAGAGCUGUUCAUCGUCACAGACUGAAAUACGACGUACAGCUGAGUACUCCUGCAGCAUCUGCUGAACGUAUGGAAACAGAGUCUGGUGAUUUCUAAAUCUGGUUUGAUUUGGAUUCUUUGUUUACACUGAAAUACAUAUUCUGACAUCCAUCACUGUAAUAUACACUGUGAUUUGAUUUAGUUUUAGGGCCAAAAACACUCAAUGUGUGACUCAAACUAAACCGAACUCUGUCGACCUGGACUAUUUAUGAAACUCAAAUUUAAAACCAAACUCUCCAGAGCAAUAGUUGAUUUUAAGGUUUUGUAAAAAAGCGAGAAAUU